UAUAGUCCGAGUCAUCUGUACCUUGGAGCCUGCACGGCGUUUCAAGGAUCAUUACGAUUGGGAUGAACCAAGUUGGAGACUGCAUUGAAAGUUGGAUUCGCUUCGAACCGACAAACCUUCCCCCAGCGAACCCAUACCUAAAUCGAACCAUGUUACAGUUUCUAAAGCUUGAUAUCCUCUGGGUUACAAAAGUCAAUCAAGUAGAGGAUCUUAUCGCUCGUUUAGCUCUGCCAGAUAUUACAGCCAUACAUUCCCCAGAAGCCAUGGCUCUUGAAAUGAGCAUGACUGCUGUUCUUCGGACAUUGACGCGUCAAUUUCCAUUGAUCUUUUCACCCAAGGAUAUUUCAAAAUUUGUAAGUAUCUUGAAGGAUGUCCCGUCCUUGGCGUACUCAUUAUGUCGUAUUUACGAUCGCUCUCAAAGCCCAGGGCAGAAACAGUGUAUGAGUAUGAGCUUUGAGAGGCUUUCGCUACAAUACCCUAGCAUUCCGCAAAAUAAUAGACAAAUGCUUGUGGAAUGUGGGCUCGAAUCCAAAAUCCUCAGGAUAAAAAAAUUUGGGAACAGAAGAGAAAAUAUUAUCAAGCAAACAACAACGAACACAAUCGCUCGAGAGACUAUGGGUGCCACGCUUCAGCACAACAACCAAAGCUGUAAUGCAGAACAGAAUAGGGAUGGGUUUCCUCGACCAAAAAAUGGAGAAAUAGAGCAGAUUGAGGAUGAUUUUGAGUUUGAAGCGAUAUUAAGCGAUGCAUGUUUAGAUGCUUCGAAAGAGUGGCCUUAUGAAGAGAAUACUCAAUCAUCAGAAAGCAUGCCACCUUCGGAUCUUACUUUUGAUAUUUUUUCCUCAGUCGAAGAAAGACUAUAGAGGACUAUCAUCACCUCGGUCGGCCAAUGAGCUUCUGUUGUCAUCUGACCCGAAAGACUAGAAUUUUUUAAAAUGUUCAAAUGAAUCAUGUGUGU